AUGAAGAUUUCCAACGAAGAAUCUGCUAGGGACUCGAGGCAUCCAGAUAGCAGGAAAAGGAAAGUUGCUAAGAGAGCAUGCCUCGCUUGUCGAGAGAGAAAGAUUAAAUGUGACGGUGAGGCUAAUCCAGAUCCGAGCGGUGGGCCUGGAAAAUGCACUAACUGUGUUCGUAGCACUCUUGAAUGUGUUUUUGUCGCCAGUAAUCGUGGUGGUAGAAGAGUAUUUGAUAAAUCGAAGCGGUAUAUAUCACCGCCUAGUUCCGAUGUGUGCCCAGUCUUGGCAGAAAGUGCUGUUAAAAGCCAGAAGGUCGAUAUUUGUGAUCCCCCUAAUCCACUUUGUAGCAGUAACUCAUCUGUUUUGGGUAGCAGCCAUAAUCUACCAGUACGGCCCUAUUUAAGAGCCAUCACUUCAAGUGCAAAGUUUCCCACUCGUCUGUCCGGUACACCAGCCAGCAUUCAUGACUCGAUUCCCAAUAACAACAAUGGGCUAAUGACACAUCCUCUAUCCAAUCACUCCAAACCACAACAGCGAUCAAAAACCCAACACCAGCAUCAAUCAAGUUACCCAAACUCUCCGCAUAAUUUUGUACUGCCACAGCUCACGCUGGAGAAUCACCAUCAAUUGCUAGUGGAAUCUCGUCCCUUAACUGCAGGAACCAGUGGGGCUCAUACUGACAAUGUAGGUAAGCACCGUAUCGUAUCGAACUCUUUGCGUGGUAUUACGCAUAACUCGCAUUUUAUGGUUAAUGUAGGUCAGAAUCCUGCAAUGCAUAUUUCACAAUUCAUGUCCGAAAUUAACAACUCCGGUGCUUGCAAUAAAAUCUACCCAGGUACAACUGGUCUGUCUCAAAAUCAAGAGAAAUGGCAAACUCAACCAUCUUAUAGCCUGUAUUCUCCUGUUAACUCCCUUAUAUCGUUUCAACACUCUGGGAACAUGAAUAUUAUGGGGCACGGUGGAGUCGAUCAACCUCAAGCUAGACCAAGUAUUAAUUAUGGAAAUGAUUUCAACACUAUUCCUGCGGCAAUUAACAACACGGAUGUUCCAGUUGGAAGUAAUAGUAACUUGUCAGGUAACAGAACGGAAGCACUCGGGCAUUAUGGACAUGUGCUGUCGACCAUAUCACAGGAUCCAAAGUCCAAUUGGCAAAAUCGGUCAUCUAGGGGAACCAAGGAUUGUUUAAAUAAUUUAAAAAGCUCGCAAACUACGCCAAGUUCAAGCUCAAAGCCCAAUACACAAUUUGAUGUAAAAAAGGAAUUCACUCCUAUGGAACUUAAUGCGUCAAAGAGGUUACAAAGUGAUAUCAACCAAGGAACAUAUAAACUACCAAAGUACGGAAGUGUGCCGGCAUUUGUUUUCCCUACUCUUAUGUUUGGACAAGAGCAUACAAAUGAGAAUAGUGCCGCUACUCCUGCCGCAACUUUUGAGAAAGCUUUUCCUGUCCUGAAUCAAUCACAGCCUCAGAUCCAGGAGUUUGUUCCAGAACAAAUAUUCGUUGAUCUACACCGAUGUGAGAUUGAGCAGUUGGCGCAGCUAAAGUUAGGGUCUACAGGAAAAAUGCCCUCUUUUCAUCUGACAAUGGAAUUGCUUGAUUUAUACUAUGAGUACGUUCACCCAAAGGUCAAAGUUCUACCUCCGAAAGAGGUAAUGAAACGGAUCUCACUCUCACAAACAAAUACAAGUUUGACUUAUGCUAUAUUUCUAUGCGCCAUACCUCUGACUUCUUUAAAAAACAAGACAAAACUUAGCGAAUCAGGCUUCUUACCAACCAUGUCUGAUUGUCUAAGAGAAAUUUCUACUCAUUGGGAAGAACUUGAUUUUAUUGGAACUUUACAAACUCUUAAUAUCUUGGUUUAUCACUCGAUAUUUAUCCAAAUGAAUAGUCGGUUAACUGCUAUGCAUCUAGAGAAACUUUUGAAGACUAUUGCAUAUAGCAAUAUCGUCGGACAAUAUCGUAAUGGCCCUAACCUCGAGGAGUUCUUUACUUUUUCGACCAAUACGAGUUUCGCUCACGAUAGGACGUUGUUAAUGAACUUAUGGAUCGCAUUUUCUCAGGUAUGCUGUGCUCGAAACAUAUUUAGAGACCAUCCGCUACUUCAUGAAGUGUUGAGCUCACUCUGUAGCACUCAGGAAAGAUUAGAAGAUGUUAUACUUCCUCAUGAUCAAUUGGUUUUCAUUACUUAUACGAAAAACAUUCCACAGAAUUUUUCUGGUCGAAUUUCUAUUAAAGAGUGUCCUGAGAAAAAUAAAAAAAGUUUAGACUUAUUUCAUUUAAGAGACCUGGAGAAGAAGCAUAGAGUGGAUAUCGCUUCAUCGGUGAUUUAUCAAUUUUAUAUCUGGAAUAUAUUUCACGACUGGAAAAACCAAAAAAUUGAUAAUAUCACCGCCUUGGCGAAACUUAAUGUGUUCGAUUUGUCGAUUCAGAAUAGACUUUAUGAAUUGAAAGAUGAAAAAAGACUGUUAGUUGUGGAUUGGGACGUUCUAAACUGCUUAGCGUUGUCACAAACACUUAAGAUUAACCUACGAGAAAAUAUUAAUAAGUUGGAUAUUUUGAUAUGUGACGUAUUCGAUUCAGAAUUAAGACUUGUCGACGUGGCCGAAUUAAGUGAGGCUGUAGAUUCUGAGAUAUCUUCCUUUGAAGCUUUUUCUAUCAUGCUCUGUUUCCAGAGCAUGUUCCGGCUUCUAGAUGUUAUCACCCUUAUUGAGCUAGCGUCUGGGAAUAUUCCAGCUCACUCUUCUAGCUUGAACAAGACCCCAAUCGUUUCCUUUCGCUCCUGCAACGAUUAUAUCGAACAGAAAUCAGCUGAAGAUUAUAGCAGAAUUCACCCAGCGGUACAAUCAGAAGAUAACCCAGAAGAAUUAGAAGAAUCAUAUGGUAAAGUACAAGAGAAUGAUUCCUUCCUAAAUGAUACGAAGAAAUGUGUAUGGAUGAGAUAUCCACCGAUAUUUAUUAAUCUAUUGCGGUUCGCUCUUCCAAAAAUAGUUCAAGAUAUUAUCUGGUUCAAGUUUAUAAAGUUUGUUACUUUUGAUGGGAAAUGUGCGUUGAUAUAUGCCAACAAAUCAAUUCCGCUUGACGAGUCUCAAUUUAAUGCAAAGAGUUUAAUAUCAUAUGCUAGAGGUUCUCUUUAUUUCGGCAAUUCAAACUUAUCUGAUGAAGAACUACUAGCAAAGCUUGUGCUCGUGGCUGAACCUACAUUCCUGAAGCAAAAAUUCAUCCUUCUCUCGGAGUUCACUAAGGUCGUAUCUGCAAGCCUAAGUGAUCGCGACUUGGUACAUCAGAAAGUUGAUCAAUUGACGCAAUAUGUCAAUGUAAUUAUCGGACUCACAUUUUGA